CAAUCCUUAAUGGUAAAUGGUUUCAGUAUUUGGUAAAAUAUAAGGUGGUGUGUUAAAUUACUUUUCGAUAUGUGUUUUGAUGAAGUGUGGUGGUCCCGUGCAUUUUUAAUUGAGUUUUAGUAAUAACGAUAAUAUCUUAUCAUUUAUAUUCAUAUUUUGUGAAUCGUCAAUAUUAGCAUGUUAAGGAGAAGCCUGAAAAACUCAAAGAGGCUUUUGAACCACCCGACUACACUGCGCACCAUCAUAUGUCAAAGGUCGCCCAGGAAAAAAUAUGGUACUACCGCCACCGGAGAACCAGGCGAUUCGGGAAUCAAGGAGGCCGCGACGAAAAAUUCGCGAUGGUGGAGUUGGUCGAACCUCAUAUACCCCAUACCAACAGGCGUGGGGUUGACGUUGCUGGCCGUGUUGCAAUGGCGCCGGUUGAAUAAACAACAGCAGGACGGCGACCAACAACCGGUGUACACCCAAAAUCUCAGGUUGUCAUUCUACAAAGCUAUUCCAUUAAGAGCAAUGUCCCGAUUUUGGGGCUAUAUUGCUGAUUUUUACAUUCCUCGACCAUUGCGUUAUUGGCUAUUUACUGCGUAUUCCAAACUAUUUGGGGUUAGCGUGGAGGAAGUAGAACUACCGAUGGAAUCUUACAAGAGUUUGGCAGAAUUUUUCGCUAGAAGACUUAAAGAUGGAGCCAGACCUAUUAGCCACGAUCAACCAGUGGUUUCUCCAGCGGAUGGUACUAUUGUAACGGCUGGUCGGGUGACUUCUUGUCAAGUAGAACAAGUCAAAGGUGUUACUUAUACUAUCAAGUCAUUUUUAGGUACCCCAACUUGGCUGGAAGAUAUGAGCUCCUUAAAAUUAGAAACUUCGCCACUAGUGACAAAUAAUACUGUAAAAGCCGAUCUGAUGAAACGAGAUACGACAUCGAACAAUUACAGUGGUGGUGGCUGGUCCAUCAACUCCACCUUUUUGUUUUAUCAUUACGGUCUACUCACUAUGCAUAUGUACUGCAUCAACUUUAUAUUCAAUUUCCUUUACCAAGGAGUUAGCUUCUUUAGCUUGUCAUUUAAAAAACAGGACGUCGUUUUAUCUGAUUCAACAUCAGAAAAAACGAUAUCGGUUGAACGGAAGGAAAAAAAUGAUGACGAUGAAUGUGAAACGUUUGAUCCUCACUGGAAUGAGUAUAAAUCCAAGCUUUUACGUAAUCCUAAUAAUGAUUUAUAUCAGAUGGUCAUCUAUUUGGCUCCCGGAGAUUAUCAUCGGUUUCACUCUCCAGUUCAGUGGACAGUCAAAUUCCGAAGACAUUUCCAAGGCGAGUUAUUAAGUGUAAAUCCAAAAGUUGCAAAGUUUUUACCAGAUCUGUUUGUAUUAAACGAAAGAGCGGUGUAUGUUGGAGAAUGGAAGCACGGUUUCUUUUCAAUGACAGCUGUAGGUGCCACAAAUGUAGGAUCUAUUCGUGUAUAUUCUGAUAAGGGUUUGCAAACUAAUGUGCGCUGCCGCCGUAGAGAUUUCAAUCAACAUGACCGUUCACUAGAGACUCAGUGGUCUAAGGGACAAGAAGUAGGAGAAUUUCGAAUGGGUUCGACUGUAGUGCUGUUGUUCGAAGCACCUAAAGACUUUUUGUUUGACGUCGAGGUUGGACAGAAAAUAAAAAUGGGGCAAGUUGUUGGAAGAAUAGGUGGUGUUACAAGUGACUUGGCUAGUUCUAAAUAGUUUUCAUAAAAUAACAUAACAAUAUCACCCUAUUGUCUUGAAAUCAAUUUGAGUUGCAUUCUUCUACCGACUACCUAAAGGCUGACUAAAUUUUUAAUUAAAUUAUAUAUUAAUAAUCAUUAA